AUGACAGCAACAGCAACAAAGGAAUAUCAAACAAGCAUUAUGAAAAGUCUGAACAUGAAAGAUCCCAAACUUGUAAUUACAAAUCCUGACAGGCCUAACAUUUUUUAUGAAGUACAGCAAAGGCCAUCCUAUCUUAAACAAAGUAACAUUAACCAGUUUGAAGAAAUUCUUUCACCCAUAGCAGAUGAACUCAUUAUUGCCAAUAUUAAAAUGCCGGUCACUAUUAUUUACUCAUCAUUAGAAAUGUGUGGAGUUGGGUAUGCCUUUUUGGAGAGAAAGCUUGGGGAUCACCAGUUCUAGCCUAUUGGGGCUCCCCAAAUUCCUCAAAACAGGCUUUUUGCUCAAUUUCACUUGCCACAGACAGACAAAAUGAAACAUGAACUUAUUAGCAGCAUUGUUUCAGAGUCAUGCAAACAGAGAGUAAUAUUUGCUACAGUGGCAUUUGGCAUGGGGUUCGACUCUCCUUGUGUUGAAAGGAUAAUUCAUUUUGGUGUGCCCGAACUAUGGAGAGUUUUUUUCAAGAAAGUGGGAGAGCUGGAAGAGAUGGGA